AUGAACAGCUCGCAGGCGGGCUCCACAGCCCGGGGCACCUGGCAGAGCUCCUGCUGCAAUCAGUCGGGGGCGCCGCCGGAGCCCCCCGAGGGGCCGCGCGCCGUGCAGGCGGCGGUGCUGGGUGUGCUGUCGCUGCUCGUGCUCUGCGGGGUCCUCUUCCUGGGCGCCGGCCUCCUGCUCCGCGCCCAGGGUUUAACGGCGCUGCUGGCCCGAGAGCUGCGCUCGUCCCGGGAGGGCGAACCCGGCGGCGCCAGCAUCGAUGACGACGACGACUCCUAG